AUGUUCAGAGAUAAAUACCAGGCAGGUUUCUUGAACCUUUUCUAUUCCGUUGGUUCCAAGCCAUUAAGCAUUUGGGAGCAGCACGUUGAAAAUGGCUAUAUUAAAAGACUUACAGAUCCAGAUAUCCGUUCUUGCGUUCUCGAAAUUGUUAGCACAACAGUUAAUAACACAUAUAUCACAUGCCCAAUAGACCCAAAGGAAGAGCUUGCUAUUAAGCUUCCUUUCUUGGUUUUAGUUCUUAAAUAUCUCAAGAAAUACUUCACAUUCGAAAUCCAAGUUCUCGAUGAUAUGAACAUGAGACGUCGUUUCCGCGCCUCCAAUUUCCAAUCUAAAACACGUGUUAAACCAUUCGUUUGCACACUUCCAAUGAGACUCGACCCAGGUUGGAACCAAAUUCAGUUCAACUUGAGCGAUUUCACUCGCCGUGCCUAUGGUACAAACUACAUAGAAACACUCAGAGUUUCAGUUUUCGCUAAUUGCCGUGUCCGCCGGAUUUACUUCUCCGACAGACUUUACACAGAAGAUGAAGUUCCACCAGAGUACAGACUUAUUCCUACAAAGCCAGAAGGCGAAGAGUAA